AUGAUAGAUGCCAAUAAGGUUAAUGAUGGUACCUAUAUAGGUAGUUGCAUCGGAGAAAAUUUAACAGUAUCUUCUAUGACGAUGACCAAUAUCAAUAUAAAUGAUUUAAUACCGGAUAUUUUUAAUGUUAUAGAGUUUAUACUAUUAUUAGUAAAGGGUGUAUAUUUAUUUGAUAUGCAAUAUGGAAUUGGAUUCUUUGUUAAUAUGAGUUGA